GCAAAGGUGGGGGCUGUGUUUCUGGACGGAGCACUCUCUCGCCUCUCCCGGAAGCGGCUCCCGCUGCCUUAGGUAACGGUGGCGGCGACCGAGCAGCGAUGGAUCUGGAGCAGGCGAAAUCGUUCACAGACCGCUGUUCACAGUGCGCUGCUGUCUCCUGGGGCCUUACCGAUGAAGGGAAAUACUAUUGCACUUCCUGCCACAAUGUCACAGAUCGGUCUGAGGAAGUUGUGAGCACUGCAGUUAUUCCCAACACCAAGAUCAACUCCAUCAGCAGGGGGCUGAGGAAGAGAAGCAGGCAUGAGAAAGGCUGGGAUUGGUAUGUGUGUGAAGGUUUUCAGUGCAUACUUUACCACCAGGCGGAGGCCCUGAAGACCCUCGGAGUAGGCCCAGAGCUAAAGGACAAAGUUUUACACAAUUUUUGGAAGCGUUAUCUUCAGAAGAGCAAGCAGGCCUAUUGUAAAAACCCGGUUCGUACAAGCAGAAAGAAAGCCAAGGUAUUGGAAGACAAUCAGCAGAGUUCAGAUUGGGCCAGUGAACUUGAGCUGCUAAGUGACACCUCCUAUCCCCUUGAAAGUGGAGCAGAGUUCCAGUCUGAGCCCCAGAUUCCAAAGCCCUUCCCUGUCACCAAAGCAUCACCAAAGUCAGAAGCCCCAGAUGUCUGUUCUGGAUCUGUUGAUGGAGUGGAAUACUCAGAGUGGAAGGAGAAGGGUGUCCUGAAGAUGACUGUACCCAGGACCCUGGCUCUCUGCUCUCUGUCCUUGCUCUGGCAGAGAGAAACCAUUACUCUCUCUGACCUUCUGAGGUUUGUUGAAGAGGACCGCAUUCCAUACAGAAAUGCUUUUCAGCUUUUUCCAGAAGAGAUGAAAGUCUAUGGUCGCGAUAAAGGCAUCUUUGCUAUCGAGUCUUGGCCUGACUAUGAAGACAUCUAUAAAAACAUGAUUGAAGUCGCCAUAUUUUUAGAUUUACCUCGUUUUCCAGACAUAACUGAAGAUUGCUACCUUCAUCCCAACAUCUUGUGCAUGAAAUAUUUACUGGAGUUCAAUCUCCCUGACGAAAUGCACAGUUUGACCUGCCAAGUGGUAAGGAUGACUGGAAUCGGAGAAGUGGACUUCCUGACAUUUGACCCUAUAGCUAAAAAGAAAAGGACAGUUAAAUACGAUGUGCAGGCUGUGGCUGUCAUUGUGGUAGUGUUAAAACUACUUUUUUUGCUGGAUGACAAAUUAGAAUGGUCUUACUCUGGGCUUGCUGAAACAUAUAAUGAAGAACACAAAGAAGGUACAUGGAUUUUGCGUCAGUCGAAUUCAAAAGGGGUUGUAAAUGAUGGAUUAAAAGAUAAACCGCAGUUUGUUUUCAGAAAAUGGUACCAAGUUAUGAAGAAAACCUUUGAUGAGAAAAGACGACAAUGGGAAGAAGCAAGGGCCAAAUAUUAUUGGAAAACCAAAAGACCGAUCUACCGUUCGCACAUUGACAAGUCAGUCGCGUAUAAGAGAAGAGAAAUGGUAAAGAAUCUUCAGAAGCAAUUCAGUGCCCUUCUCGGCACAACACCUGUGGUAGAAAAGAAGGCCCCUUCAAGUUUUCAGUUCAGCUGGACUGAAGGAGACACCGAUAGCCCUUGUUUCCAUGGACAUAGCCUCCAGGGACUCCUGAUAACGAAAGGCCAGUCCUUGAUAACCAAGAACUCACUGUAUUGGCUCAGUACCCAGAAAUUCUGCAAAAGCUACUGUAAACAUGUGACAACCUAUGAAGAGUCAAAUUUUUCUCUGAGUUACCAGUUUAUACUAAACAUCUUCUCAUUCUUACUAAGAAUAAAGACUUCUGUUCUCCAUGAAGAAGUGAGCUUAAUUGAAAAGAAACUUUUUGAAAAAAAAUACAGUGAAUCAAAAAAAAGGUCAAGACCCAAGAAAGUAAGAAGACACUGAGAACCAGAGAAGGGCGUGCUCUAUAGGAUAACAUCGGAUCUUAGGGAAUUGUGGGAAAUACAUUAUUCUAUACACAUACAUAUUGAUAUGUAUCUUUAUAUGCAUUGUAAAAUAUGUGAAAUUUUAAUUGUUUUCAUAAAUUUUUUUUCAGGAAAGUAAAAAAUU